ACGCUGCGCGGGCGCAGGACUUGUAGGGAGCACGUAGCAUGCAUAUUUUAACAUACAAAUCCAUACCCAACUAAUAAAUCAUUUUUUUUAUUCACUUAUAAGUUCCAACCUUAGCUGACUAUACACUUACUGUAAAUUAUUUCCUAUUCAACUUGUGGUUAAAAGUACCUGGGCAGUUCACUUGUUAUUUUAUUUAUUAGCAUUUGAAUUAAAACUUUAUUUAGUACAAUAUUUUAAACUCUGAUGUUAUUAUGUUGAACUUAUAUAAUUUAUUUUUUUUGCUGGUCGUGUGUGAAUGUGGUACAGUACCCCCUAAUAUCGUUCUUAUUGUUGCUGAUGAUUUGGGCUGGAACGAUGUUGGCUACCACGGCUCGAACCAGAUUCCGACGCCAAACAUCGACGCGCUGGCGGGUGGCGGGCUCCAGCUUCAUAACUACUACGUGACGCCCAUCUGCACGCCCUCCCGAGCCGCGCUCAUGACCGGAAAAUACCCCAUACACACGGGUAUGCAACACACUGUAUUGUUCGGCGCAGAGCCACGUGGUUUGCCGCUAUCAGAGAAACUUCUGCCGCAAUACCUCAAGGAUCUGGGAUAUAAAACACAUUUAGUUGGUAAAUGGCACCUUGGCUCCUACAAGAAAGAAUACUUGCCUAUGUACAGAGGAUUCGACAGCCACGUUGGAUUCUGGACCGGCAAGAUUGACAUGUACGACCAUACCAAUCAGGAAAAAGGUCAAUGGGGCUUCGACUUCAGGCGAGGUUUUUCAGUAGCUCAUGAUCUCUUCGGUGAAUACGCAACGGAUAUUUACACGAAGGAAGCGGUCAAGGUAAUACAUGGACACAAAAGAACUGAACCACUAUUCUUGAUGGUGGCACAUUCUGCGGUACAUUCCGGCAAUCCAAGUGAAUAUAUCCGCGCACCAGAAAACCUGCUGGCUAACUUCACUUACAUCAACAAUUUCCAAAGGAGGAAGUUUGCUGCGGUUCUAACGAAACUGGACGAGUCGGUCGGCAAAGUGAUGGAGGCACUAGAAGGCAAGGGUCUGUUAGAGAACAGUAUUGUGAUAUUCACCACUGACAACGGAGGACCCGCGGAAGGGUUCAACGAUAACGCGGCAUCCAACUACCCUUUGAGAGGGGUCAAAAAUACCCUCUGGGAAGGUGGAGUGAGAGGUGCCGGUCUCAUAUGGAGUCCACUGAUCGAGAAGAAAUCCCGCGUGGCCAGGCAGAGGUUCCACCUGGUGGACUGGCUGCCGACACUACUCAGCGCUGUCGGAGCUAAUGUUAGCUCAUUGCCUCUCAUAGACGGAGUAGACCAAUGGGACAGCCUAUCGAAAGAUCUGGAAGCAUCUAGAACGAGUAUAGUCCACAACAUUGAUGAUAUUUACGGAAGCGCUGCGAUCACCGUUGGAAAAUGGAAACUGCAUAAAGGAACAAAUUAUGGGGGCGCGUGGGACUACUGGUACGGGCCGGCAGGUCGCGAGGGGGCCUAUGACGUCACUCGGGUACAGACCUCGCUCGCUGGAGUCGCACUCAGCAGAAUGGGUCUAAUGCCCGAUAAGGAGAAGAUAUUGGCACUCAGAGAGGAAGCUACAAUAAAGUGCGACAGGAAAAAUCAGAUAAUUUGCAAUCCACUGAAAGCGCCGUGCCUGUACAACAUCGAGGAUGACCCGUGCGAAAUGAAAAAUCUUGCCAACCAAGAACCGUCAGUGGUAGCACAACUUCUGGAGGAGUUGGCCAAAGUGAACCGGACGGUCGUACAUCCAAACAACAAACCCAUCGAUCCCACUGGAAACCCCAUGUAUUGGGGAUACGUUUUCACCAACUUCGGCGAUUACAAGAACCCUCCACUAAAUAUUGAAUACUAAACGGGGUUUUAAUAUUUUAGAAUGGAACUAGGCUCACUGUCUGCCACACGUAGACUUACUGUAUUCCAAUAAUGGCAGCCACGCAUGAAACUUUUAUUAAUUAACUAACUGUUGCCAGACUACUUCGUCCGCGUUUGUUACGGUUUUAACAAAAGUCCUUGAGUAUGUACUGUUUAUUUUCCUGGAAUAGAAAGUAGUAACAUAUUACGACCCCGUCUUUCCAACUAACUGUCCGUCUUUACAAAAAAUCCAUUUGGUUGUUUUCUUAGUCAGGGUUCAAAGGAAGGACAUACAAACAAACAAAAGCAGUUUCGCAUUUAUAUUAGCUUUUUUUUUGUUGAAGGAAGAAUCUUUUUUAAAGAUUUACGAUUCUCUGCUGUAGAAUUCGGGUGGGAUUUCUGCCCACUAAAGCCAGCCUCAGUACAUAUUGGGAGGCUGCGGGAUCUCCUGGGAACGCACUGGUGCACAACGCUUGUAGCUCGUCCCGGAAAGAUUAAUGAUUCCCGACCUCAUGUAGGUACGUCGCUGUAAGGUAAGGUAACACAAGUUGCUUUGCUUUAGCAUUUAGCAAGCGGCUGUCUUCCCGGGGUCGUAAGUAGAGGUGAAGACGUGACUGCUAGUCCCAGUUGAACCGAUCACAACCCUUUUUUUUUGGCGUCGUGGAAAAUCUUUAUUGCUACCUCCGACCCUUGGGCAGAACGGAGGUUAUGUGGGACUCUUUUCAACUAACUCUAUGUCAAAAAUCAAGUGGAUUGGUUGCUAAGUUACAGUGUGAGGGAAGGACAAACAAACAUGCGCAUUCGUAUUUAAAACAGAUCAAUACAAAUCAUUAAUAGACGAAUGCUAAGUAAUCCUUUCGCUUCCUAAUAAAUUGUUAAAUUUGGUAUUGAACAAUUUUUACCUUUAGCAAUAAGACAAAAUACUAUUAGAUAACAAUUGUAUGAUUUUCCAAUUAAGACUGAGAAUUAGUAAUCUGUGAAAGUAAGUGGUUGUAUGCAGGUUGUAUUAAUUUAAUUUAAAGAAAAA